ACAGCAAAAAAACAAGCAUUUCAAGCUGCCACAGACAACCUGUUUAAAUUGUUAUGGUCGGCUGACUUGAACCGGAAGAAGAAAAAGAGUAUUCGUAGUUUAUUUAUACCACGAAGACCUUAACAACUGUAAACAUGGGAGAGAAAUUAACAACAGAAGCGGAUUAAUAUCGCAAUAAAUAAAAUGUGUUAUUCUUGAGGCUUUGAGGGAAGGCUAUUGUGACGUUGCUGGCUGAUCAUCAUCUGAUUGGCUGAAAGUUUCUCUGGGGUCUCGCGCCUCACAUGCCCACUAUAUAAAAGUGAAUUUAACAUUGGGCUUUGAUUUAUACUCCGUUUUCACACAGCUGGAAUUCUAAACGUAUCCAGCUUUUUACAUGAAUUGUAACGAUUAUUGAUCUUUACAUAAACAGCGCUAUUUUGCAUUACUUUAAAACUUAAAGAAGUAGUUUAUUACAUUGUCCUUCUUGCAGAAUGUCGCAUAGCUGUCGUCUGCUCUGUGGGUUUUUAAUGAGCUGCAUCGGCUGGACUGGUAUUAUAAUUGCGACCUCAACAAAUGAUUGGGUGGUGACCUGUAAAUACGGCUUGCACACCUGCAGGAAGAUGGAUGAGCUGGAGACGAAGGGCUUGUGGACAGAGUGCGUCAUCUCGACCGCUCUUUACCACUGUAUCUCACUCAAUCAGAUCCUGGAUAUACCUGCUUACAUCCAGACGUCUCGCGCUCUGAUGGUCUCCGCCUCUCUGCUUGGUCUGCCCUCUCUGGCGCUCGUGCUGCUGGCGAUGCCAUGCGUCAAAUUGAGUCAAGAGACCGAGGACACCAAAUGCAAACGUGCAGUCCUUGGAGGACUCCUUAUACUGUUCAUAUCUCUAUGUGGGAUGGUGUCGACUGUGUGGUUCCCUGUUGGUGCACUUUACGAGGACGGUCUGAUGUCAUUUGGGUUCUCGCUGUAUGCUGGUUGGGUCGGUUCAGCCCUCUGUUUUUUUGGCGGUGCGGUUAUGACUUGUUGUUCAAGGGGUGAUGGCCCAACUCAGAAUCCUGAAAACCACUACUACUACUCAAAACACAGUGGAGUUACCAACUCCGGCCCUCCUAUUAACAGUCAUGCCAAGAGUGCACAUGUUUGAGAUUGGAGACAGAUAUACACACUGGAUAAGACUUCAGGCUUAUACCUCUAAAAGGGUUUUGGGCAGACAUACACACAUACAUGCAAACUCGCACACCAAUGAAAUACAGUCUGUGAGGAAUUUGUUUUCCACUGCCAUGGUUUGACUCCAACCAUGUGAAGACUGGGAGGGAACAGAGAAUUUGGUUGAAACUGUUGUUGUUUUUUUGUUUUUUUUGGCUAAAACUCUCAGACGUCUGAACAUGAAAGGCUUUGUUUAAACAGACAUGGAAAUCAAUCCAAGGGGAAACACAGUUCCCUCUUUCCUCAGCACAUUUUUCAGUUGAUUGUAAGUCAAACUAUUUACACAGACAGUAUUCACUUUAUUCCUCUAUUUUUGCUUCCAAUGUCAAGAAUUGAAUAUUUACAGUAUAUGGGUAGUUGACAAAUGACAUGGACUUUUUUCAUUCUAAUAUUGUAGAUUAUAAUCAAGGAUGUAACCAAAUGUUCAAUACUGGGUGGACCUAAAGUAAAAUUUUAACAAUCUGUCAUUGAAAAACCCAUAUUGUUCAAACACUAAUCUGAAUUUUGGAGAGGACAUGUCCCUGUUGAUGUCUAUGGUGGUUACAGCUCUGGUUAAACUUUCAAUGAAUGAAGGCGGUCAUCUGGUUUUCAACAUUUGUAAUCACAUUUUAGCUUUUUUUGCAGUGCACUUAAAUGUGACAAAUUAAUUUUUUAAAGUACAGAAUAUUCCGUGUAGUCUCUCAAUUACUAUAAGGUCAUAAAAACUGCAUGACAAUUAUACAAGAAUUAGAAAAAAUAAUUUAAGUAGUUUUUGAUGCAUGUCACUUAGCUACAAGGUGAAGUAAUAAAAGUAGUGCAUUAUAUUUCUUGUAAUCAGAUUACAGUUACAGACUUUAAAUUAAGAUAAUUAAUUUAAAGUUCAUUACUUGGGUUACACAUACAGUAUUUCUAAAAUAAUAUGUAGAAUGCAUUAAAACAUGAAUUUCAUUAAUAAAAACAUCUGUUUGCGUUUCUCUGACAUCUUAAAGGAAUAGUUCAACCAAAAAUGACAAUUCUCUCAUCAUUUACUCACCGUCAUGCCAUCCCAGAUACAUGACUGGCUUUCUUCUGUUGAACACAAACAAAG